AUGCCUGCACAUCAAAAUUACCAGCAGUCAAAAAAGUCAUCCACUAAGCAACCUUGCAAGCACUGCAGUAAUCUCUAUCUACCACAAGGAAUCAAAAAGCACAAGACCAGUUGUGUGAAGGAGCACAUGAACCACAAAGAACGAGACAAACACAAUAAGGCAUACAUACAAGAUGUUCAUCGAAGCAAGUCAAUACCUUUCCCCCCUCUCAUCUGUCCAUUAAUUUACAAUGGUUGUUUACUAGCCAAAAUUGCUAAGGAAGCAGUUGCAGCUAUGUCUGUGUCAUUAGUGCACCCUGGCAUCACCAGGUCUUCAGGCUCUGCAGCAGCUACCACCUUAGUGUUGCUCUCAAUGCUUACACUUUGUGAGACAGGAUCACCAACUGGCUUCACUCUCAAUGAAGAUGAUGUGUUGAUGGGAAUAUACUGGACUCAGCCCAAGUGGCAGGUCACUCACAAGUGCCCAAUGCUUUUCCAAUCUGCCGAAGAAUUUGGCCAGCAAAACCUCAAAUACAUGGCCCCAGACCAUGAGCCCUGGCGCCCUUUUGCUUCAGAGGGCAAUUACAUUUUUGCUACUGUCGCCAUUGAAGCUGGGCUUAGCUCAACUCAGAGUGAUGGCACAACUAACACCACCACUUGUCAGUUCUCAAAGUUUGAAAUUGCUGUGCCCUAUAAGGGCAGUGAUGUGACAUUCCCCAUCCACAUCCACCCUCUGUGGGACUGGGCCCUUGAUUUAUUGCAAAAUCCUUUUCUUGAACUGCACUUCAUCCAGGAUGCUGAAUGGGUCUUCAAACUUGAUGGUGAGACAUAUGAACACUUCUACACCAAACCUUGGAUGGGUGAUCAUUGGUGGGAUAUUCAAGUGCAUUGUAAUUAA